CAGCCGGAACAUUCUUCUACUAGUCAAGCAUCUGAGAAAGAAGGCCUUGAAGAUGUGGCCUCCAAUACUGCGGCUUGGUGGAGUAAGCAACUUGGAGAACUCGGGGAUCCUCUGCCAUACGAACGCCGAGAAGACAUGGCACCAAGAGAGAACAAAAUCCUCCGUCAGGCCCGCCAAUUUGGCAAAAUGCUAUUUCCCAAGACAAAGCCUCCGCCCGACGAAGACCUGAUCGAAGAAAUAUGGACAGCUUUAGUCCGUAUGCCGAACGUGCGUUAUUGCUGGGUUAAUCUCGCACAUCGGGAUGUUAGAAUGGACCCUUUAACCCGAAUUUUCCUGGAGAUGAUAUCAAACGCAUUUCCUAGGAUGUCUACGUUCUCAUUCUUCUCGCAUCUCCAUGACAUUGAGUUUCUGCGCAAUUUCCAACACCUUCGCUUUCUCCGUUUCACAGGCCGCAGUACCAGCACACCGGACGAGCUCCUUGAGAUUUUUCUUAGUCUUAAAUCACUAGAUAGCCUAAGCCUGUAUCGCUAUCCGGAGACUUACGAUCAUGACCACGGUAUCCGUCCAGACGGGGUCUUGUCCUUGACCGAAUCUGUCGUCGCACGCAUGCGACCGUUGACGAGCCUUGAGAUAUCCCACAUGAGUAGUAGGCUACCUUCAGCUUUUCUCACGCUUCCAAUGCUUGAGGCCUGGAAAGCCCAUCUGCCAUCUCUUCGUGUGCUCAAGAUUGGGACCGAUGAGCGACUUGGUGCGACGGUCAUCACAGAACUGCUUGAUGUGAUUGCGCAAUCCCGCCUUACAAAACUACAAAUACGCUCGCAGGGCGACAAAAAGCCGCUCGACAUCUCAAGCUAUCUUCCAAGCUCUUUAAAGCAAUGUGAUGCUGCACUUAAGUGCGACGAGUUCAAAGGCAUAGGCUCUCUAGGUGGCGGUCAGUUCCAUAAUCACACCUUCACUGAGAUUGAGCUUCAGGAUCCGCAGUUUCAGGGUAUCUUGGAAGACUCUUUUUCGACGCAACUUUUGCAUUGAGAGCAGGAUCAGAUUUGCGGCCUCCGGAACGUGACAUCCACCUCUUCGAGCCUCUCAUACCUCCUGGGGUGUCUUCCCACGCUAUCUGAACCCCCAAAACGCACAUGGAAGACGACACGAUCGUAGAGCGUGCCCAAACUUGUAACCAACUACUGUACACACAAGGAUUGUGUACACUUGUUCAGCACCGUUUGAGGUCCUCUGGCAUGUUAUUCAAAAUGGUAAAACGAUAGUUUU